AUGUACGCCAAAGGAAAGGGGUCAACAGCUCCGUCUGACGCUCAAGCUCGCGAAAAACUGGCUUUAUACGUGUACGAGUACCUUCUACAUACUGGGGCUCAAAAAAGUGCACAGACCUUUCUAUCUGAAAUUCGGUGGGAGAAGAACAUAACACUGGGGGAACCUCCGGGCUUUCUUCAUUCGUGGUGGUGUGUUUUUUGGGAUUUGUACUGCGCUGCUCCGGAGAGGCGUGAUACUUGCGAACAUUCCAGCGAAGCUAAGGCUUUCCAUGACUACGGCUUCGUCAAUCCUGGUUACGGUAUGAACGGCAAUGCACACAACCCACACAUGCGUCAUCCAUCGCCGACCCAUCCAGCGUCCCAGAUGUCUCCACAUCCCAUGCACGGCCAAAUGAUGUCCCAACCCGGACAGCCCUUCCUUUCUCCGAGGUACCCUGGUCCCAGAGGUUUAGUCCGGAUGCCACCGCAUAUGGAUUUUACGACAUUUGGUUUACGAGGCCCACCUCAGCCAGGCAUGGGUCCGGGAGGGCCUAACAUGGGGACUGCCGGAGGGGGUAAUAUGACACCCAUACCUAUGGGUGGUCCAAAUGGCGGACGAUCGUGGCCACCAUCUUCACAAGGGAUGAUUUAUAACGCACCGUCGCCGGGAAACUUUAACGGCCCUGUUAGCGGGACCGGAGCUCCCGGUACACCAAUAAUGCCAAGCCCCCAAGAUUCAACGCAUUCAGGAGAUAAUAUGUACGGCAUAAUGAAACCAAACAUGCCAUUUCCAAUGACUGGACCCGAAAGCGUCAUAGGACCAAUGGGUCCCGACAUGCCUCGCGUUAUGAAUGGCCAAUAUUUACACAAUGAACGGCUAGUGGAGGGAAUGAAGAAUUCUCCACACAAUGGAGGAGCUCCAGGAACACCACGUGACGAUGUCCCGCCAAAUAACGGCGACAUUUCCGCCUACAACUCUCAACUACCGUAUCCUCAAGAAAAUUUAACACCGAACCACAGUGAAUCGGCAGAAAUUUUAAAAAUAAAGCAGAGCAUGCAAGAGGAGGCCAGGCGGUUCGAGAAGGAUACCCCACCGGAUCCGAAUCAUCCGGAUUUUUUCAUGCAAUAA